UGCCACCCACGAUCACACCCCUCUCCCUUUCUCGCAUUUUGAAUACAACCCUCUUCAACUUUCUGCUAUCUUCUUCUAUAUGUUCCUCUCAAUCCCAAAAAUCAUGAAAUUUGAAGACUUUCUAAUGGACCCAACCGCACCUCAUCAGCGCAAACUUGACCUUCAGGGUGAAGUUCUCAAGUUAGAGGAACAAUUGCAUGGUGAACAACAGCUCAAUAAGGCUCUGCAUUGGGCUCUUCACGGCCCUUUCUUGUCCCAUCCCCAUGUUUCCUCUUCUUUACCACCUCAGAUGCAGCUGCUCAUGGAAGAAUUGGGAGUUGUGGAGAGAGAGAUUGAACGGCUAGAAAGAAAGGUUGAAGAGCUGAAGUUGAACUUGUACAAGGAGAGGGAACAGAAUAAGGAGUGGGAAAUUCAGCAGAGGCUUAGAUGCCUUUGGCAGCACAACCUGCUCUUGAAUGGACCUCAAAUUAAUAACAGCUCUGUUCUUACUGGCCAGCGAUCCAGAUCCCACCAUUAUGGUGAACUUAGAAAAGAUAUAAUGCUGAGUGAGCGGAGAUUCUCUUCAAGUGCUGCUUCUGACAUCCAGUGUCUUCCACCAAGGAAGAAUGCAACGAGAAGCCGAAAGCAGAGCCAAUUAGAGAAAGAAACUUGCAGUGAGACACCAAAUGAGCUUUCAGAGCAGUUGAUUAAGUGUCUCAUUGGCAUUUAUGUUGAUCUAAAUCAGCCUUCAUACAGCAGCAAAACUUCACCCAAUAUACCAAAACAUGGCCUUUCCUGCAUCAGCUCAAAGCGCUGUAUUGCAAAGACCAGCUUCAGUUGCAAAGCGCCUCAGCUCACCUUGUCUUUUGAUUAUACCUCGUCCAAUCCCAAUCCUUAUAGUAUACUGCUGCUUGACUCAGAAGGCGGUGUGAGGAACGUUGGCCCUUAUAAGAACUUCAUCCACAUUACGAGAUCGUCUUUCGACAUCGGUAGACUGCCCGAGUGCUCGACGUCAAUCAGAAAGUUGAGGAUUCUUAUUCAUAGGCUGAGCAAUGUGGAGUUGACCUUUUUGACGUACAAACAGAAGUUGGCAUUCUGGAUAAACAUUUAUAACUCCUCUAUAAUGCAUGCAUUUCUUGAACAUGGGCUGCCAUCGACAACUGAUAAACUCUUGGCUUUGAUGAACAAGGCUGCUCUUAACGUUGGGGGGGUAGUUCUCAAUGCUCUGGCUAUUGAACAUUUCAUUCUUCGGCAUCAAAAUGAAACGAAAUAUCCUGUGGAUGAGAAGGAAAUGCUGCUUCGACAUGCCUAUGGCUUAGGAUAUCCAGAACCAAAUGUGACAUUUGCUCUCUGCAGAGGCAGUUGGUCUUCUCCUGCAUUAAGGGUGUACACGCCAGAGGAAGUGGUGAACGAGUUGGGGAUGGCAAAAGUCGAGUAUCUGGAAGCAUCGGUGGGGAUGACGAGCAAAAAGAAGAUAAUGGUGCCGAAGCUUCUUCAAUGGCACAUGAAAGAUUUUGCAGACGAUAUGGAAUCACUGUUGGAGUGGAUUUAUAGCCAACUUCCUCGCUCUGCAAGCUUGAAGAGGUCGAUAAUGGAGUGUUUAAACGGCGAAACUAAAUCUCCCAUCCAUAAAAUGGUGGAAAUUCAACCUUAUGAAUCCGAGUUUCGUUACUUGCUGCCCAUCUAAUCUAAGUCGUAUGCAGAUGCAAGUGAGGGGGAUUUGC